CCAGUCAGAGCGAGCGAGCCGGGCCGCCCCGAUCCAGGAGGGGCUGCUCUCAGAAGACGUGUCAUCCCCAAACGCAGAGACACAACCUCCCUGGCUCUACAGGACAAUUCUUCCCAGAAUGGAGAAGAUGGUGCUGGAAAUAUUGGUCAUGUUGGUCCUCGGAAUGAACAGCCCGCCCUGUGCAGGUUUCCCAGUGUAUGACUACAACGUGUCCUCCCUGCGGCAAGCCCUGGGCGCCUCCGUGGCGGAUGUGAACUCUCGGUCCCUGGGCCCCUACCUGUUCAGGGCGUUCCGGAGCUCCUUAAAAAGAGUCAACGUGCUGGAUGAGAACAGCUUGAGCAUGGACAUAGAGUUCAGCAUCCGUGAGACGACCUGCCGGAGGGGCUCUGGAGAAGACCCCGCUACCUGUGACUUCCAAAGAGGCUACUUCGUGCCCACAGCCGCCUGCCGGAGCACCGUGCGGAUGUCCGACGGGCAGGUGCAGGCCGUGUGGGUGCGCUGCCGCUGGGCCUCCAGCUCCGAGUCGGACAGCAGCGAGGAGAUGGGUUUUAGGUACAUACUGGGAUCUCCUCAAGGGAGAAACAGUGAUCUAUUUGGUCUCGCUCCUGACGGGCGCAGAAGUGAGCAGUUUUAUGGACGGUCACUUGAGGUCAUGAGAAGGGUCUUUCCUCCUGGAAACCAAUGGUCCCCGAGACUGUGGCACAGAGCAAGAGUUGACAUGGGCUUUGAGUAGCAGCCUCGAGGCCGCAUCUCUUGCCCUGCUCCGUCUGAGAUCCAGGCCCACUAGAUGCCGUUGCUAUGGAUACCCCGCGAGCGAAGGAAACUCAACCAGCCUCCUCUCCCGCUCCCUUUCUCAAUGGAAGACAUCGCCAGCCACCUAAUCUUCACAAGGGCAAAAUUGUGGAGCGUCCUCGACUCUUCCUUAGCCUCUGUCUUCUCCCAACAUGGGUCCAUUAUUGAUUUUGUCCACAUUUUUUCUCUGGCAUUGGCCCAGGCCCUGGUCCCAUGGUGUCCACCUUGUACACUAUCUGGAAACACAGAGACUGGUCCUUCUCCACGUACACCCCCUCCUGCUUGCUUCACUUACAGGACACAGCAGAGGUGUGCAAAAGUCAGGCCCUGAGCUGAGAGGAAGGGUGGGGAGCUGGCGUCUGAGCCCCACUUUUCCACACCCACUUCAAGCAUCAAGUCUCAUGGGUUUAUGAAUUCCCAGUGGCUGGGGAUUGGAGCAACAGCAGGUAUAUAUUUGUGAAUCCAUUUGGUAAAGGGACAUCAUCAAGGAUGCACUUAAUGGGACUCCUGGGUGCAGUAAUAGGGAUCGAUUUGGUGCAUGUUCGCUGUUGGGUACACACGUGCAAGUUAAUAACAAAGCUUGGGCCUUCAAGAGUUUACAGUUUACACAGCGCUGGGUGCCUUCAGGAUAAAGUCCGAGCUCCCUAGUCUGGCCCAUGUAUCCUCGGUGGCCAGGCCCCGCCCACGGCUCCAGCCUCACCCCAGGGCACGGCCGGUCUCCUCUGCC